GUACAAUUUGGAUGAAUUACAAGACAAAAACAUAAACAACACUUACAAUUAUGCGUUUAAAUCGGACUUCCGCUCUAUCUCGGAAAUGCCGUUCGCUCGUUUUACCGUACACGACAAUUUUGAAGUGGAGCGACAGUUUGCCGGGCGUGGGUAAGUAUUCAUCUAUUUUAACAUAUCCAAACUGAGUAAAUCAAUGUUAUGGAUUCAUAGUCAACAUCCAAAGGAGCAUGCGAACAGAUUUCUGGCCCUGUGCCAGCUUUAAUUCACGUGAAUUUUGACUGAAAAUAACCACACUAUCCGAAUGAGAUGCGGUAUUUUUAGUUUAAAGUCACAAAACCAUUUAAUUGUACGGUGUGUGAAUGCCUAGUGCAAAUCGUUUUUGUCGCGCACUAAUUCCGUUCAGACAACACAUGUGCAACCUGAAUCAAUAAAUAUAAAAAAGAUCGCAUGUUUCACAUGCAAUUGGAAUAGAUAUUUACCGGAUUUAUAAGGAUUACGCAAUAAGGAUAACUCUGGGAUAACUAGUAUGGCAAACAUUGUACGUUCGUGGAAACGAAAUCUAUUUAAUAUAAAGUGUCGGCUUAACUUAGAGACUAUUAUAAAAUACUUACUAAUUCUUCUUUGCAUCUUAGGUCUUACAAGAUGGAUACUUAUGCCUGUUAUUUACGAACUUGUUAUAAACUUUGUUUAUAUGUUCGUAAUUCAAAGGUGUGUUAACGGUGAUUUACUGUGGAAACAUACAACUUUCAAAUAUACAAAUGAUAUCAAGGAGGCUGUUGUACACUGUAUCCCUGCAGUGCCAGAAAAGGAAUCACCUAUCGGUUGGAUAGCACCAUUUUUGGAACCUUCCCUUUCCGAACCGUAUCUUAGACUUCCAGCAAAUCUGACGUCAAACGACCGAGUUGUGAUCUUAACUCCUUUACGUGACGCAUCUAAACAAUUAAAACACUUCAGUGAUCAGCUAACAAAACUUACAUACCCACAUCAUCUUGUAAGCGUAUAUUUUGGAGAAGAUGGGAGUUCUGAUGACACAUUUGAUAUUGCUAACCAAAUUGCCAAUCAGUUAAUUCGGCGUCACGGGUUUCGAGACGCAAAAGUAUUCAAAUUGCCAAUAAAGGGAAACAAGAGUGAUCGACAAACGCGUCACUUCCCAUCUAAACAAAUUGAGCGCCGAAGUCAUCUCGCUAAAGCUAGGAAUUUAUUAACAAAACUUGCUCUUAAGGAUGAAGAAUGGAUUCUGUGGAUUGACAGUGAUGUCGGAUACUUUAGAGAUGACGUUAUCCAACAAUUCUUAUUCUCAGAUAAAGAUAUUAUGGUUGCAUCAGCACUUGUCUCUAAGAUAGAUCUUGGAUACUUUAGAACGUACGGAGUAUUUGAUAGAAACACACGAAGGUUAAAGACAGCGAGCAAUGGAAUAAAACAAUACAGUACAUAUGUUAAUGAUCUUAAAGCUGAAGGAAGAGAAGCUAAGAUAGAUCUUGUUGGUGCCUGCAUGCUUAUGAUAAGGGCUGACUGUUUGAGGAAAGGUUUGAACUUUCCUGAGGAGCCAUAUAUGCCUGAUGGAAUAAUGGUUCAAUUUGAAGGACUUGAAAGUGAAGGUCUGGGUCAACUUGCUCGUGAUAUGGGAUUUGAGGUUUACGGUCUUCCAUUCCUUGAGAUCUACCAUUUAUAUGAUCCAGAUAUUAAAGAGAAUUGGAUUUUAAAUUUUUUGUAUUUUUUAUAUAAAUUAUUUUUAUGAUAUUUUUGAAAUAUCUUUGUUUUGUCAUCUUUUGUUGUCUAUGCACAUUAAUGUGUAUUGAAAUACUAUCAGGCCAUUCACGUUUUAACUCAAUCUUUGAGGCGGUCAUUAUAAUGUUAAGAGGCUUUUUCCACGUCCAUUUGAUAUUCCUAUACAAACUGAAAUGUUUCCGUUUUUCUUUCUUCAAAGUACACAAAUCAUUUUCAU